ACCUCAUAGUUGAUAAUCAUCUCUUGUGGAGAUAUGGAAAAAACCUGUGUAAUACAUCAAAGAACGUUAUGAUAAAGUACUACAAGAAGUGCAUUAUAUAGAAAAUGAAUUUUUUUUGGUUUGACUUCUGUAUAUUCUACCUGCUGAUACCAGGAUCUAAGGGAUCCUUAUCACUAGUAAGCAGCGCAAAUGAUGAUUUUUGUAUAACAACGGAUCUCUCUGCAAUGUAUUAUACGACCAGUAAUGGUACAGUGAGGACAGAAGAUAUCCAAUUCCUUCCACCAACCAUUAAUUUUUGUGAUUUCGAAGAUACCAAGUGUGUAAAAAUUUACAAAUUAGAUCCUUGGGAAUUGGCAUAUUCAGUUUACGAUAAAAAUGCACCCAUUCUUGAUCUUCGCUGGGAACGUCUGAAUAAUCAAGAACUACCCUUCAAAAAAAAGGAAAAUUUGGCAUUUUUGACACUUUUGCAAUUGAACGAUUUGAAGUAUUUCAAAUUACCAAUAUCUUUAUUGGCAGAAGAAGUUCAUUUACUUUUGUGUGACAGAAAAGAUGUACCAAACGCAAAUUGUUAUUGGUUUGCUCUCCAAGGCUGGGACUCUAAAUAUACUGCUAUGAGAAGAUGCAAAAGUGGUGAGAUAACAGGAUUUCAUCCCUCUGGUGGCUGUAUCGAGAGAAGAGAGGAGAAACGUCACCCUGAAGAUUUUCCCCUUUUUCUCAGUAAAGAAAAAUGGAGUCAUAUAAUAAUCGAAAGGAACGAAAAAAAUUUAUAUUUGAAAACUUAUAAUGAUGGCAAAGAAGAGACUAUCAUCCAUUUUUCCGAAAAUGAUGAAAUGUUUCAAUUGCAAUAUUUAAUUGGACAUAGAAAAGAUAAACAAGCUUAUUGUAAAAUACACACAAAUCAUUACAUGAGAAGUACCACUAGUUCUGAAGUGGUUUUCGAAAAUUGGUUUUCCCGAAGAAAUGGUGGUUUCUGUUUGUCGAUCCUUCUGAAAACUUGUCGAUACUGUUCAACUCUGGUUUCAUUUCUGGAUGAAAAAAGUAACAUUAUGUUGGAAAAAUCUAUUUCAACUACCAACGAUUUUUGGGUGGAGGAUAAAAUAAUACUGAACAUUUCCAACAGCAUGUUUAUGAAAGUGAAAUUUAAAACAAUAUUGGAAGAAGGUUAUACUUCAACAGGACACAAAUAUUGGUCCUUUGAUAAUAUUCGACAGUGUGUCACUGAAGAAUACCGAAUAACGCCACAGAGCAGCAAACAAAAAUUGUCGGAAUGUCGUUUACUUACCAAUAAUCAAGUAGUAAAACGACAAGGAGUAACUCGCUAUAAACCAGAUAACACUUGUUCGACAUCGAGUUCUAUAGGAAGUUCAUGCAUUUCUUGCAAUGUUCUCAAGCAACGCAAUAAAAAAACUUGCAAAAAAAUGAAGAUUUGUGAAAAUAUUGGAGGUUUCAAUAUAUGUUAUUGUUCUCCCGGAUAUACUGGAUACUAUUGCAGUGAAGAAUGUCCUAGUGGAUCUUUUGGAUAUCUUUGUCAGGAACAAUGUGGUUUUUGUUUGGAAAACUGCGAUGUUUCAGAUGGAAGAUGCAACUGCAUAUAUUCUUUAUUCGAAGAACCAACAUGUAAAAUGCCCAAAUAUGAUCAAUAUCUAGCAAAAGCCCCAAAAGUAAUUCGCAAUACAGCAGAGUCUUGUGAAAUACAAUGGAAUAGUGAAGAUUUCGUCGGUAAAAACAAACCAAAAUAUUACCUCUUACAGUAUACGGAUUUUUCGAAUCACUCUGUUGCUUGGUCAGAUUAUGGGGAAAUAGGAAACAUUGAAGAUAAUGAUAAAGGAUCAAUUGGAAAGUUGAAGAGAAGCAAAAAGUAUGGAAUAAGAGUCCUCAUAAGUGACAAACAACUAAAUAUCAAGAACUUACAAUUCACCGCUCUACCCUAUACAAUUUGCAAUACCACAUGCAAUGGUUGGAAUGAGAAUGAAAUAAAUGUGCUAACAACAUCAGAUUCUGUCCGCAUUAGUCUUCAUCUGGCGGAAGAUAAAUGUGAUGUUUCUUUAUAUGCGUGGAAUCUAGAAUAUCAUCAGGGUAAAAUUGUAAUCAACGGAAGCGCUUCUCUUGAUAUUAAGAUAAAACAGCUCGUGCCCUUCCAGAAUUACAGAAUAGUGUUCUUUUCUUCAUCUGAUAAAAUAAUCAAGGACUUCAAAACUUUAGAAGGAGUUCCCAGUAAGGUUGAAAAUAUAGAAUUGGAAGAGUCUGCGGCCAGUUAUAUGAAGAUAAAGUGGCAGGUUCCUAAAUAUCCAAAAGGGGAUAUUCAAAUAUAUGUAGUGAAGUAUCAGAAAGUGCGUAGAAUAUCCUGCAAAUCGAAGGGUUGGUUCAAAUCUUACGAAGCGAAUACUACGGUCAACAUAAUCGAACUCAAUAAUUUAGAACCGUACUCUGAAUAUAAAAUAACGAUUAAUGCUAUUAACAGACUCGAAGCUGGUGAUGAGGCAUCCACAUAUUUCCAGACACAAGGAUUAGAUUAUUUCAAAACCGAGGAGAAUUUGAAUGUCGUUAGUAUAUGGAUUGAAAGUCUACAAAGGGGAGCAUCGAUUACAUUCCCAAAUAUUCAGUGUGAAAAGCUGCUUGGACCUCUGAAUUUUUCCGUUAGUUUACAAUGCAUCAGUGAAUGGUGCUUAGAAACUGAAGUGCGAUCUGAAAUCCUUCAGUCGUUUCAAGGAACACUGAAUCUGAAGGGUUUGCAGCCAUAUUGUACAUACAUAUGUGACGUAUCAUUCUGCCGAAAUGGAAACUGUAAAAUACAUGAAAACAGGACCUUCGAAACAAAAGCUUCGGUUCCUAAUGAACUUAAAGAGGUUAUUGUGAUAGCUACAGGGGAGUCGUUCAUGUGGAUACGUUGGCUCCCACCUUAUCCACCAACAGGAAGAACACAAAUCUACAGAAUAAUCACCAGAUGCGUAAAUUGUCGUUUUAAUCACGAAAAUAUUCAAUACCCUACUAAUUUGAAGAGAUGUUCUAUCUGGCCGGAAUAUUAUUGCCAUAAAAUUGACCAAUAUGUCUAUUACAAGUAUCAGAUGUCAUUGCAGAUCGAAGCUGCGAAUGAAGAAAAUUAUAUAUAUAAAGAAAUUGCUUAUAUACCCAAGAUUUUGGUCGAAGAAGUAGCAUCUGAGGAACCGUAUAAUGUAUCUGUUACUUUGAACCUGGAUAAUACCAUGGAAAUAUUCUGGAAUCAUCCCAAUAGAACGAAUGGAAUAUUGGAUUAUUUCCACAUACGCAUCGGUAUUGCUGAUGAGAGCUUUUUCAAUAUUACAUACAAACCUGUGAAAUGGAAACUGAAAUAUAAUAUCCAGAUUGCAAAAGCUGUACCUGCUGCGACGGAUUUAUCAAUAAUAAUAAUUGCCGUCAACAAUAAAUACCCAGGCCAUCCUGCACAGGUCGAUGUUAGUUCUUAUCCACCAAAGCCAGAUCUAUUGGAUUCUCAAAUUUACAUAGCCAACUAUACGAAAACAACAAUAAGUAUUUCCCUGAAUACAAAUCAAGUAGAAUAUGUUAGUCCGAAUGUAAAAAAAUUUCUGCUCGUUCUCAUCAACGAUCAUUCACCAGAAACAAAAGAUUCCAAUCUGGAAAUACUGGAGAAAAUAAUGAACAUUACUUUUGAGAAAGAAUUGAGGGUGGUAAGUGAGCAAGACCUCGGAAAACUGUCGUGGAAUAUUCUCAAUUUCACAAUUGGGGAUGGAAAUGUAAUAAAACAGAGUUCUGUUCUCAAAACGAAUAUAGUGAAUAAGCCCCUGCAGGAAGCACGUUAUUAUACUAUUCUUGUGGUACUUUUGAACGAAUAUAAGGGUAAAUAUCGACAUACCAUUUAUAACGCUACAACAUUGACCCAAGGGAACCCAGAGAUGACUCCCCCACCCACACCAAAGUCUCCGGAAAGGGAAGAAAAAGAAGAAAAGGACAAUUCCUCAGGUGGGAGUGCUGCCUACGCCUUGCUUCUUCUUCUACUUCUCAUACCCAUCAUAAUAAUUGGGGUGAUAUUGAAGCGCAAAAAUAUAGUGCUGAUUAGGCCAAUCAGGUCCAUAUACAAUGGGAGGAAUGAAAUGGUUUAUAUUCAAUAAAUGAUUGUUGGAUC